GACAUUUCCGGGCGGAAGCCAUUGUACGUUCACCAAGAAUCGCAACAUUAUAACAAGUAAUUUUCUGACCGGAAGCAGCACCGUCCCAGACGAUAAACCAGCAAAGACAGUCUACGAAGCGUGGGCUGUCCUCGACAGCGGGAACACCGUCGACAGGGUUGCCUGGAAGACGUUCUGCGGCAUCAAGCUCGGCAGCAAAUGGAGGAGCCACAACGACGGGUUCUUGGACAUCGAACCCUGGAAUCUUACUCCCAGGAGGAGCUAGUCGGAUUGCACGCAAACGCCGCUUACGAAUACAGCGCCAGACGCUCCAAGAAGGGACGCUCGUACACUCAGGACCUGGCUAACCGCGUGUUCCGCCUGAAUUCCGGGGUGUACAACCAGAUCCAGUCUCUUGUCGAUAAUAAGCUCAGAUCGGCGAACAAGACCCCGUUCCGCCAGCGCGACUGGCAGGUCGUCGUGCUCGAGGAAGGCGAGUUCCGAGUGACGGAGCUGCUUCCGGAGCGCAAGAAGAAGGGACUAUUCCGUCGCCGUCAAGAAAGGCCGGUGGUAUCUAGAUAUUUCAUCAUACUACGAGGCGAGGAGGUUAAAUCGACCAAGGACGAGGACGGUUGGCGGGCGUUCAACCUCCACUCUAACCCGUGGUGGAGAAUCGAUAAUCAAGAAACCUCCGACGCGCGAAGAAGCCACCGGGAUCACGUUAAGAAGGUCGAUCGGGCGCUCGGGAGGGAACGCGGCCCGGCUGGUUGGGAUAGGGGGAGUAGGCCGAGAAAUUGAAGUGCUAGUUAGUAGGUUAGGUACAGACGGCUGAUUAUACUAACGAUGGAACGAUAUGAUGAGAUUACCGACUUACAGGUUUAUGGUUUCCUAUACUUUGUUGUUGAGUUAGGAGAAUGGAGAAUAUGCACGGGAGAGAUGGUCAAGAAACUUUUCAACCUAAGGUUACGCAUGAAAUGUCAUUUUGAAAGACUUGUUUUCUACGAGACACAUUUCUAAGUGACUCCAACUAGAAGUAAAAGUACUGUGCAAGGGAAUGCAUUCAAUAGUUGUUGAUUGUCACCUACUACAUAGUAUCAUGGAUGGCUUACGCCACUAGCAAGACAUAGGAUUCGGCAUGAAUCUGACAGAAUUCCUACCGCGAAGCUCAUCAAGGUAAAAACAUAUUUCGCAAUAUUUGCAUAGACUUUUGCUAUUACGUACCUAGGUACCUAGGUACCGUUAAAUGUCCACGGCGAAUAUUAAAAUAGAAUCGGUGUGUGAUGGAGUAUAUAAUAAUAAUACUUGAAAGAGUUAGGUUACCUAGGUACGUUAGUUAUAAAGAUUCUGCAGGUCCUGAAAGUGGUAGCGUGGCGGCCUAUAAGUUGCGG